CAUGGAGCAUCUGGAUGAGCUGUGCCUGCUGCAGAUAUUAUCAUAUUUGAGGCUACCCGAUCAGCUCUCGAUGCUGCAGUGCGAUGAGCGAUGCUAUUUGCUGCUGGGAAGCCUCUGGCGUCGUCACCUGACCCGGAUUGAGCUGAAUCUGCUACAGGUGCCGCUGAGCAAGGAGCAUUUUGAGCUUCUACUCAAAAACAGCUGGCGAGAGUUGAGCGUACUAAGACUCAACUAUGUGGACAGCGAGAAAUUCGAGGUGCUGGUGAGGCACAGUUUUCCCAAGCUCCAGAUGCUCCAGGUUGAUGCACUGCCUCCGUUUUUCAUCUGUCGCAGGAAACAGGAACAGCUCAAAAGAACAAUGAUCAAUAGAAAAGUGCUGAUGAAAGUUCAGGAGAUAAACAGCUUUGUUCUCAAGCACUAUUUUUUAAUACUCUUUUCUAUUUUUGCAGUCAAUUUUGAUCACUUUCAAAUACUGCGAGCCAUUGGCAAGGGCAGCUUUGGCAAGGUGUGCAUUGUACAGAAACGAGAUAGCGGCACCCUGUAUGCCAUGAAAUAUGUGAGUCGCUCGGUUUGUGAAUCCCGCGGCGCCUUGGGCGGUGUGAUCAAGGAGGUGGAGCUGCUUUCCUCGCUGGAGCAUCCGUUUCUUGUCAAUUUAUGGUUCUCGUUUCAGGAUGAGGAGGAUUUAUUCAUGGUGUGCGACCUGUUGACGGGCGGUGAUUUAAGAUACCAUUUACAGAAUCGCGUGGAGUUUUCGGAGCAGAGUGUGGCCUUAUUAGUGUGCGAGCUGGGCAGUGCCCUGGAGUACCUUCAAACACAGCGUGUGAUCCACAGAGACAUCAAGCCCGAUAAUAUUCUAUUGGAUGAUGCCGGACACGCUCAUUUGACUGAUUUUAAUAUUGCAACGAGGUUGCAGAAGGACUCCCUCGCCUGCAGCAUGUCGGGAACGAAGCCAUAUAUGGCGCCAGAAGUCUUCAUGUGCGCUCUGGAGGAAGUUGCCGGUUAUAGCUAUCCUGUGGAUUGGUGGUCUCUGGGCGUUGUGGCCUACGAGAUGAGGUCGAAUUCAAGGCCAUUUGUACUGCACUCGCAUACGCCGCUGGUGGAGAUUAAGAAUGUUCUUAACACCUCGGUGCACUAUCCACAUUACUGGACUCAUGACUUUAUCGAUCUGCUGCAAAAGCUACUCUGCGUGCAUCCUGGAGCGAGGAUCAGCAGCCAGCAGGAGCUGCAUCAGACGCCGCUGCUACGACCCACAGACUUUCAAGUGGUGCUGGACAAGCAAACGAAGCCGAUCUUCAAGCCACCCGAGGAUCAUCUCAACUGUGAUCCCUGCCUCGAGCUGGAGGAGAUGAUCGUCGAGACGCGUCCGCUGCACAAGAAGAAGAAACGUUUGGCCAAACAGCGAUCGGCACAGCGGGACAGCGAUCCGGAGACGACGCUCAUCAAGGAAUUUAUCGUCUACAAUCGCUUCAAGGAACUCAAACGCAAGGCCAUGGAGCAGAAGGAGAGCGAUUGGCAGCGUGAACUCGAAUUGGCCAUGGCCAAUUCCAUUGUCAACAGUCUGGCGCCCAUUCAAGAGAAGCCCACAACGUCCCUGCUCCGCGUAGUGCCGCAGACGCCUACACCCUCGCCCCCAAUAUCGCCCACGCCUCCAAUUUCACCCACUCGAAUAAUCCGCAGCAACAAAUGUACGACAACACAGCAACAACAAACAAAAGAUAGUGAUAGUAUUGAAUUUAUAGAUCGCACACCUUCCCCCCAAACGGCUGCCACGCCCACAAAUCGAAGAUUCUGCUGCAAGGCGACAAAUAAAUCAUAAAUUCCAUUUAUAUUUUCAUAAUUGAAUAACAAUUGCACAAAUAGAGAAAAAAAAACAGGUUUCACAUCCAAUUGAAACUCAAGAAAUAUACAAAAACUGCUCUAAUCAAUGGAAGUAAAGCAAAUUUCGGCAUGCCGAAGUCUCUAUACCCUUGCAGAUCAUUCCUAAAGCAGCUAUUUUUAAUAUAGAUGAUAUAAUUCUAAACAGUUCUAUAUCUUUUGUUUAACUUGAGCUGAAAUUUGGCAAAAUUAAAUUGUUUUCGAAACGAUAUUUCCUAUGGCGACUAUACACAUAUGUUAUAAUCCAACUUUUUCAAAAUAUGAUAUGACAUAACUUCGAUUUGCUCGGUUUCAUAAAGAUAACUGCAAAAUUGCAAUAGUCUAUCAUACAAAAACUACAUUUUUGACCGAACAAUUGGUCAACUAUAACAUAUAGUCGAAUAUUAUUAAAACAAAAAAGUCAAUUGUACUUUAAAAGCUAUAUGUUAUAGAUGUCCGAUGCUGUUGAAACUUUUUCAGCAUAUGAUUGAUAUAAAAUAAAUUCGAUUUGCUCGGUUUCAUAGAGAUAACUGCAAAAUUGCAAAGCUUUUUAUACAAAAACUUAAUUUCGAACCGAUUUCUACUAUAGCAACUAUAUAAUAUAGACGUCUGAUUCUAAUAAAACUUGAUCAGAAUAUACUAUUAUUUCGAUAUUCUGAGUUUUAUUAAAAAUUAUGCAAAAACCAUAAAGAUCUUCGUAUUUUCAUAUCUUCAUAUUUUCCGAGCGAUUGCUUCUAUGGCUAAAUACUUUGAAAUCCGUCGGGCAAGGGUAUAACAACUAAUAACAAUUUGAACAAUUUGUACAAGCAUAAAUCAAAUAUUUUUCGAGCCUUCAUAAAUAAAUUUUUAAAUAAUAAACACUACAACACCAACAAAAAGAGGAGGAGCAACCACACGCUGAAUCGCACCUUUAUAUAUACACCGAUAUAUGUAUAUAUAUAAAUAUAUUAUUUUAUAAAUUUUCCAACUGUAUAUAUAUAUACAUAAACGUAUGUAUUUCUUUAUACAUGUACCUUUUAUUAGACGUUAGCUGAUAAAUCAAAAUAAAUGGUAAUAUCCCCAAAA